AUGGCACGUCAGGACAAUCCUUUGAAAAUCUUGUAUGACAUUGCUGUUAGUCCCAUAGCAGAUUUGAUAAGCAGCGAUGAACUUAUCAUUGUUCCAGACGGCCCAUUGUGGUUGGUUCCUUAUGCUGCGUUCAUGACACCCAAUUCAAAGUACCUUUGUGAGACUUUCAGAAUCCGAAUGAUUCCUUCCUUAGAUUGUUUGAAAAUCCUCGCAGACUGUCCAGUGGGUUAUCACAGGGAAACUGGAGCUUUGCUUGUAGGAGAUCCAUGCGUGCAAGAAGUUGUUUUGCGUGGGAGAAGGAAACUUCAACAGCUUCCAUGUGCAGAAAAAGAAGUAAAAAUGAUCGGAAAAAUAACUAACACCAUGCCUCUCACUGGGACGGAGGCAACAAAAACACAAGUUUUGAAAAGUCUCUCCUCAGUGUCCUUGGUACACAUCGCAGCGCACGGUUGUAUGGAAACUGGAGAAAUUGUCUUGGCACCAAAUCCUAUACGAUCAUCUCCGAUACCCACAGAGGAAGAUUUUCUCUUGACAAUGACUGACGUUUUAAACGUGAAGAUUCGAGCGAAACUAGUUGUACUAAGCUGCUGUCACAGUGGUCGUGGAGAGGUAAAGACUGAGGGUGUGGUUGGCAUUGCAAGAGCGUUCCUGGGCGCCGGUGCUCGAUCUGUUCUGGUAUCCCUAUGGGCCAUUGACGACGAAGCAACUCUGGAGUUUAUGAAAAGUUUCUACAAGUUUUUAGUGGAGGGACGAAGUGCGAGUGAAGCUCUUAAUCGGACCAUGAACUAUAUGAGGGAAUCUGAACAGUUUAGUGAGUUGCGACUCUGGGCCCCGUUUAUUCUUAUUGGAGAUGACGUCACUCUGAACUUGGCCGGAAGGUAA